AUGGCCCCUCAGCCGCUCACAUCUGGACCUCCUGCAACUCAGGAUCCCAAGGCCAUGGAUUGGUGGAAGGACAAUUUCUGGAUCAUCUUGGCUGUGGCCAUCAUCUUUACCUCUGUGAGCCUAAGCACCAUCCUGUUCUGUGUCUGUAGGUGUCUGUUUAGACAAGGCAAGAAACUGGAAAUUUCCAAGUCCUUGAAACAAAAGCAGAGAGAUGAAGAAACGAUGUAUGAGAAUGUUACGGAACAAUUCUCAGUUCAAUUACCCGCUCUGCCACCCAGGGAUAUGCUCUCCCCAGAAGUUGCCUCCCCACAGGAAACCCCAAGUCGGCCCACACCAGCUGCAUACUCUUCGGUACAUAAAGUUAGAAGUAAGAAGACAAUCACCAUCCCAAGCUAUAUUGAGCCUGAAGAAGACUAUGAUGAUGUUGAUGUCCCUGACAAUACAGAAAACCAUCAUUUUGAAACAAAGGUUUCUUCCUUUUGGCAAGCAGAAGAUGGUUCACAGAGCUUAUUUUAA